AGAGUGACUGCACUGGGUUUGUUAAUCGGCUGAUACUACUACUACUACUACUACAGCAGCAAGCAUGGAGCUGGAGAAUUCUGAGCAAAGUCCUGGCUAUGAACAUAACGUUUCUGAAGAUAACGUGGAGACCCCAUUUGGCAUAGUGCACUGCACCAUGAAAGGUACCGUUAAGGGCAACCGACCCGUCAUCCUGACUUACCAUGACAUCGGACUAAACCAUAAGACCUGCUUCAGCAGUCUGUUCAAUCAUGAGGACAUGCAGGAAAUCAUGCAGUAUUUCUCAGUGUGCCACAUCAAUGCACCUGGGCAGCAGGAGGAUGCUAGCACUAUUCCCACAGGAUUUACAUACCCUUCAAUGGACCAGCUCUCUGAGACAAUACCUUUUGUACUCCAGCAUUUUAACAUUAAGAGCAUUUUUGGUUUGGCGGUUGGGGCGGGAGCAUACAUCCUUGCACAGUUUGCUCUGAACCACCCUGACCUUGUUGAGGGUCUUGUUCUGAUCAACAUUGAUGCUCAGGCAGAGGACUGGGUGCACUGGGCAGCACAUAAGAUCUCUGGCUGGACACACCAUGUUCCUGAUAUGAUUAUUUCCCACCUGUUUGGCAAUGAGCAGAUUCACAACAACCAUGACCUGAUCACAACUUUUCGCCAUCACAUCAAUGACAUUAACCAGAGAAACCUCGAGCUGUUUGUCGAGUCUUAUCACAGUCGAAGGAAUCUGAAUGUCGAGAGACCUCCUCCAGGUGGAAACCUCAAUGUGAAGACCCUUAAUUGCCCGAUUCUUUUGGUGGUUGGAGACGGCUCUCCAGCAGUUGAUGCUGUGGUUGACUUCAAUUCCAGAAUGAAUCCAACAAAAACCACCCUGCUUAAGAUGGCUGACUGUGGAGGCCUCCCACAGGUUGAUCAGCCUGGCAAGUUGGCAGAGGCUUUUAAGUACUUCAUUCAGGGACUGGGAUAUAUGCCUGCAGUCAGCAUGACCCGUCUGUGCCGCUCGCGCACCGUCUCUUGCAGCAGCAAUUCGUCUCUGGAAGCCGCACAGUCUCACAAUUCCGCUGGAGAGGAGCAGCAUGGACACUCUCCCAUCAAUCUCUCCAUGGACAAUGAUUCUGACAACAGCACGGAAUUGAGCUUGUUGGGAACAACGCACACAAAUCCGGUGACCUGCUAAAGGCUCCACCGUAGUGCUGUUAUUUAGACGGGUCGUUAAUGGGGAACCGGAAGCUAUCGGCUGCUUCAUCUGAUUCUUCAGUUUCACUUUGCUUUAAGUUAUACUUUAAUUUAUGUGAUAAUUACAGCGUUGGAAGGAGAGACUGUGGAUUUAACAAGGAGUUCGGAUUUAUUUUUAAUAGUCAUGUAUUAUGAUUUUCUGAAGGCGAAAGCAGAGAUCCAGGUCAUUUUACAAUAUGGAUCCGAUAUAACCAACAACAAACGCUGUCAUAGCCUAUGACAGGACAGAACCCACUAAUAAACUGUUUUUAGAAAUGCAGUAAUGUUUAUCACAUCAACAUUGGCAAUUAGGGCAAAGUCAGCACAUGCAGGCUACAUAAAGCCUAUAAAUGUUUUAGUGCCAAAUGUUUUUUUUUUUUUUUUUUUUACCAAUAUGGAUUUGUGUAUUUGUCUUUUUAAAUCUAUACCAGUUAUUUUACAAUUACUAGAACAAGUAAAUGUUGGGAAAAUUA